AUGCCGCAGUCUUUGAUUAUCAGCACUCCCCCCUCGCAUUCGGUCAAGAGGCAGCGGUCCCAGGAGAUAGGGCCUGAGUCGUCAAGGCCAGCCUCGUCUGGAACAACUCCAUCAACGAGAUCAACUAAUGAGAUUGAUGACUCAGCAAGACAGGUUGCUCUCAAGCUCCCAUCGUAUUUGAAAAAGACAAGGCAGGAAAUCACCACGGCAUUCCAAGAUCUAGAAUGGAAGCAGCGAUACCGCCUCCAGCACGCCUUUCAGAAUCCAGAGACAUCCCCAUUUCGAGUUGACCGAUCUCCAGCAGUCGUUAGCCGGAACCGAUAUGGCAAUGUUCAACCUUGGGAGUCAGCAAGAGUGAAGCUUCGGAAACCAAUUGGCGGUUCGGACUAUGUGAACGCGUCACCCAUUACACUCAGUAGCCGCAAUGUGCAUCAAUAUCAACGCAGUGAUUCCUCGGCCUCAGCGUCAGCAGCGCAGGUUGAGUGCAGGUACAUUGCCAGUCAAGGACCGAAGGAGGGGCAAUUUUCUCACUUCUGGCACAUGGUCAUGCAAGAGACGACGGGAGAGGUUGGAGUGAUUGUGAUGCUUACCCAGCUGUAUGAGGGAAACAAGGAGAAAUGCGCGCAGUAUUAUCCCCCCAACUUCGACAACCCAACGAUUGCUCUUGCGGCCCAUGAGGAUGGAAAUGGAAAUGAGAGUGCUAGGAGUACGGACGAUGGUGAUCCUUUCCUCGACGCCCCCGCAAUGAUCGCCGAUGCUGAUGGUGUAGGCACAGAUUCCCAUUCUGACAACCCGGCAUCCCAAUCGGACCAGGCAAACCAAGGUCAAUGUGGGACGGUUACGUUGAUGUCCCUCCAUGAGGAUAUCAAACUUGGAUGUGAGGUGCGAAGAUUGAAGCUGACAAUCGACGGGGAGUCCAAGGAAAUUUACCAUUACUUCUACAAGAAUUGGCCUGAUUUUGGAAAGCCCGAGGCGGAAGAUCGAAAGGCUCUUAUGGAACUCACCAAAGUGACCAAGGAAGUUGCCGGAGAUUCUCCCCGUGUCGUUCACUGCUCUGCUGGAGUGGGACGGACAGGGACUUGGAUAGCCCUGGACUUCCUCCUACAAGAACUUGAAGCAGGUGUAUUGAUCGAGUCCUCAUCAUAUUUCGCCAACCACCAACCCCCAUCGAGAUCCUCUUCCAAUGCAACAUGGGGGAAGAGCGGCCCUUCCAAACCAACCACACCCGAUUCUAAAGACGAGGAAGAUGCCAUAUUUGAAACGGUCAAUGCACUGCGUGAGCAGCGCAUGAUGAUGGUGAUGAACGAGUUGCAGUACAGCUUCUUGUACGAAGCCCUCAAGGAAGCAUUCAUUGAGAAAUAUGCCCAGAAGGAGACUGGCCCCAUGGUCGCUGGAGUCUUGGAACCCAGUCCAAAAAUUGCCAGGAAAGGUGCACCUUUUGGCGGCAUGUUUGAAGAUACCCAUGUUGGUCAGGUUCAGGGAGACGAGGACACAGUAUCCGAGGCUGGUCUAGAGUCCGAGGCGGAGACCGAGAUCAUGGAGAAAGGCAAGCAAGACGGCGAUCCUCAAAGUGCCUUAGAGGCGGCGACCGAUGCGCCAGAUCCUUAUGCGGCUGUGGCACCGGAAACAAUCCGCGAAGGGCAGAGGAAGCAGGAGCAAGACGAGGUACGUGAUCAUGAGGUGAAAUGA